AGAAGAGGAACAUGAAAGUUUUCAGUGAGCUCAGAGUCCGUUUUAGAGUUGAUAGAGAUUUACAGAGUUGAAAACCAGAUGAUCCUUGUUACUGUAAACGUCGGUGAAAUCCUGCAGCAGAAAUCAUCAGUUUUGGGGCCACAGGGUCAUUUUACUGUCCAGAGUUCAUCUCUGAAACUUCCUUGAUGAAGGUCUGAGGGCUGUGACUGUAAAUAUCAUCAUGUGGUUUCCAGUCAACAGGUGAUUGGCUGAUCCAGUGCUGCUGGUUUAACUCUCAGACUGAGCGAUGAAGACGAGUGAUUUGGAGGAAGAGGACGGAUCAGAGCCUCCAGCAUCUAACCGUCUGUCUAUGAAGAAUGACAAAGAUCCUCCAGACUUCAGGAAAGAACCUGGACUCUCAGACACAAAGAUAAAAAUCUUGACACCUCCAGAAGUCCUACUGGGGAUUUUGCAGGAUUUAGGGGCAGAGGAGUUCAAAGAAUUCAAGUUUUUCUUGUGGCAGAAGGGGGCGCUAGAAGACUUCCCAGCAAUCCCAAAGUGUGACCUGGAGAAUGCAGACAGGAUGGACACAGUGGAUGAAAUGUUGAAGACCUACUGUAUCAACACCAUGAAAGUCACUGUGAUGGUGUUGGCGAAGAUAUCCAAGAAUGAUCUGGUGCAGAACAUCCCAGAAACCAUGAAAAAACCUGCAGAGAUUCUUACUGGAUGUCAAGACAAACUCAGGUCUAAGCUGAAGAAGAAGUUCCAGUUUGUGUCUGAGGGGAUCGCUAGAGCAGGAAAGAAAACCCUUCUGAAUGAGAUCUACACAGAGCUGUACGUCACUGAGGGAUGGACUGCAGAGGUCAAUGAUGAACAUGAGGUCAGACAGAUUGAAGCAGCAUCCAGGAAAUCAGACAGAGUAGAAAGAAGCAUCAGAGCAGAAGACAUCUUUAAAGGCCGAGCAGGAAGUGAUGAAGAACUCAGAACAGUGAUAACGAAGGGAGUGGCUGGCAUCGGGAAAACCGUGUUGACACGGAAGUUGACUCUGGACUGGGCUGAGGACAAAUCCAAUCAGGACAUCCACUUCAUGUUUCUGUUUACCUUCAAAGAUCUGAAUAAUCAGAAAGAGAGAAAGUUCAGUUUGGUGGAACUUGUUCAUCACUUCUUCAGUGAAACCAAAGCAGCAGGAAUCUGCAGGUUUGAAGACUUCCAGGUUGUGUUGAUCUUUGACGGUCUGGAUGAGUGUCGCCUUCCUCUGGACUUCCACAACAAUGAGGUCCUGACUGAUGUUACAGAGUCCACCUCAGUGGAUGUGCUGCUGACAAACCUGAUCAGGGGGAAUCUGCUUCCCUCUGCUCGCCUCUGGAUAACCACACGACCUGCAGCAGCCAAUCAGAUCCCUCCUGAAUGUGUGGACAUGGUGACGGAGGUCAGAGGGUUCACGGACCCACAGAAGGAGGAGUACUUCAGGAAGAGAUCCAAAGAUGAGGAGCAGGUCAGCAGGAUCAUCUCUCACGUCAGGAAAUCACGAAGCCUCCACAUCAUGUGCCACAUCCCAGUGUUCUGCUGGAUCACUGCUACAGUUCUGGAGAAGCUGCUGAGAAGCAGAGAGGAAGGAGAUCUGCCCAGAACUCUGACUGAGAUGUACAUCCACUUCCUGGUGGUUCUGGUCAAACAGAAGAAGGUCAAGUAUGAAGGAGGAAAAGAGACAGAUCCACACUGGAGUCCAGACAACAGGAAGAUGAUUGAAUCUCUGGGAAAACUGGCUUUUGAGCAGCUGCAGAAAGGAAACCUGAUCUUCUAUCAGUCCGACCUGACAGAGUGUGGCAUCGAUGUAAGAACAGCCUCAGUGUACUCAGGAGUGUUGACAGAGAUCUUUCAAGAGGAGAGUGAACUGUACCAGGACACGGUGUUCUCCUUCGUCCAUCUGAGUGUUCAAGAGUUUCUGGCUGCUCUUCAUGUCCAUCAGACCUUCAUCAACUCUGGAAUCAACCUUCUGGAAGAACAACAAACAUCUCGAUUGUCUAAACUGUUUAAAAAGAAAGUUGAUCUAAUAGCAGCUUUCUACCAGAGAGCUGUGGACGAGGCCUUCCAGAGUCCAAAUGGACACCUGGACUUGUUCCUGCGCUUCCUCCUGGGUCUGUCACUGCCAUCCAAUCAGAAGAAACUACGAGGUCUGGUGAGACAGACAGGUAGCAAUUCACAGACCAAUCAGGAAAUAGUGGAGUACAUCAAGAAGAAGAUCAGGAAGCAUGUGUCUGCAGAGAGAAGCAUCAAUCUGUUCCACUGUCUGAAUGAACUGAAGGAUGUUUCUCUAGUGGAGGAGAUCCAACAGUCCCUGAGAUCAGGACGUCUGUCCACAGAUGAACUGUCUCCUGAUCAGUGGUCAGCUCUGGUCUUCAUCUUACUGUCAUCAGAAGAAGAUCUGGACAAGUUUGACCUGAAGAAAUACUCUGCUUCAGAGGAGGCUCUUGUGAGGCUGCUGCCAGUGGUCAAAGCUUCCACCAAAGCUGAGCUUAGUGACUGUAACCUGUCAGAGAGAAGCUGUGAAGCUCUGUCCUCAGUUCUCAGCUCCUCCAGUCUGAGAGAACUGAAUCUGAGUGAAAACAAGCUGCAGGAUUCAGAAAUGAAGAGUCUUUCUGCUGGACUGAAGAGUCCAGACUGUAAACUGGAGACUCUCAGAUUAAAGAGCUGCAGUUUGUCAGAGAUCAGCUGUGAUUCUCUGAUCUCAGCUCUGAAGUCCAACCCCUCACAUCUGAAACAUCUGGACCUGACUAGAAACAAGCUGCAGGAUUCAGGAGUGAAAUGUCUAUGUGGUUUUCUGAAGAAUCCAGACUGCCGACUGGAAAAUCUGGACUUGAGGAACUGCAGUUUGUCAGAGAUCAGCUGUGAUUUUCUGAACUCAGCUCUGAAGUCCAACCCCUCCCAUCUGAAACAUCUGGACCUGAGCUUCAACAAGCUGCAAGAUUCAGGAGUGAAACAUCUGUGUGGUUUUCUGAAGAAUCCAGACUGCAGAUUGGAGUAUCUGGGAUUGAGGAACUGCAAUUUGACAGAGAUCAGCUGUGAUUCUCUGGUCUCAGCUCUGAAGUCCAACCCCUCCCAUCUGGAACAUUUGGACCUGAGAAAAAACAACCUGAAGGAUUCAGGAGUGAAACAUCUGAAUGAUCUUGUGAAGAAUCCAGACUGCAGCCUGAAGACUCUGAGCUGGAAGUGGUGAUGAUCAGGACAGUGAGUGCUGAGAGGAUGAAGUGUGUCCUGAAGAUCCAGACAUGGACUAAGAUGUGAAGAACUACUUUUUGUAACAACUUGUAAGACAGAAACCAGAGGAUAAAAUGUGAACAAAGUGGAUUUAAUCACAGGUUCCCUGAGGAGUCUGAACAGAGUAAAACAUGUUGAUCUUCUCUGGAUUUUGGUGUAAAAUCAGUAAACUCUGUUUGACUUCAGUGAACAACAGACUGAAUGGAGGCAACAGGACAAUUUGUUCCUUCAUCACAGCUGGAUCAGUGUAAAUAUGUUUCUUUGGUUUUCUUCUCAUUGUAAAUAUUCCCAUUUCAUCAUGAUGCUCAUCAGCAGGGAGAGUUUGACUGUAUUUCUCCACAGUGCUGAUUUACUGCUUCAACAGACUGACUUGAUGAAAGAUUGAAGUCCUUCAGCAGGAUUUACUGACUGGACAUUUCAACAACAGUCAGUUUUAACACACUUAAUACAGUUUGUUUGUUUGUUCCCACAGAGUGAAUGAAGUGUUUUGUGUGUUUUUAUUGCAGAAAAUUGUUGAAAGCUGCAGAAGAAAAGUGAUGUGACAGUUGAAGUGAAAAUCAACACAUUUCAGUCUGCAGGUUUAUAACAAAGUUCCAGGAAGCAGCAGUUUGAGCAGAAAUAAACCUGAGUGGAAACUGAA